CCUAAUCAUUUCUGGGGGAGAAAUCAUUUCUGGGCCAGCAUCAUGGUCCUUUCAGGCCCUUCCUAUUAUGUGCUUCUCUUGGGAGCCAUCUUCUCUUCAGUCUUCUUGCAUCAGGAUGCUGUCUAUUGUGAGAAACCAACCUGGGCAAAUGUUGCUUUCGAUACAAAGAAACAGGAAGGAGAUCAACUUUCAAUGGGAGCACCAUCUAACAGUCUUUAUGGCUCAGUUGGUCAAAUAUUCCAUAGUAUUUUUGGCCUAGAGAACUUGUAUGCUAGUGGUAAAGUGCUACUCGUUACAAUUAUUGGUUUGGUUAUACUCUGCCUUUUGCUGAGACACAUUAAAACCAUCAAGUUUUUUCAGGCCAAUCAGGGCAUGACCAAGAUAGUACCUGCUUCAGGACCUAAUAACGAAUUGACCCAGAACAAUCGAGAAAUGCUUGAACAGCUGGUGAAAAACACCCACAAAAUCAACAAAUACAUGAAGUUGUAUGUUAUAGGACAUUACAGGAAAGAAAUGAAAUGUAGAAUAAGCAGAAGAAGAAAGAACUAUGAAACGGAGAGUGACCAUUUUCUCCCAGUGUGUUCCUGCCAUGAUUCCUGUCAAGACAGUGCAUGAAUCUCAAGCCCAGAAAGCUUCCCUCUUCCCAUGUUCCAACAUCUUUCAUGUUACAAGCAGUUCUGUAAAUGGCACCAUAAGUGACCAAAGCCUCAAUGUGGAGCUCAGCAUGCAUUGAGAUGAAAAUUAAAGAUUGUGCUUGGUA